AGUAUAGUGUUUGAAUAGUGUUUGAAUAUGUUAUCGUUUUAGCCUGCUUAAAAGUAAAGUAGAAAAUAUUAUGUUUUAACAAAAUUCUCAAGACGAAGAGGAAACAACAAAAAUUAUGACAAGAUGGGUGCAUUUUCUCACAAAGUUACACAUUCGUACGAAAUACUCUUUCGUAGCUAGUUUUGUGUUUAUCUUCUAUCUGUUUUAUAUAACAUUGACUCCACGGAGAAGAGCAGGUCCGUCUUACACGAUUACCACUAACAUCAUAGAAGGAAGAAAGUACACCUUGAAUGUUCGAGAGAAACUCCCUAAUAAUUACAACUUAACUGUGGUGUUGUUGCAUGGAGAAAGGUUGGACUCUACAGUUUGGGAAGAAAUAAAAACGCAGGAAAUUUUAUAUAAGAAAGGCUAUAGGAGCGUGGCCAUAGAUUUGCCAGGACACGGGUUUUCACGCCGGUACAAACCUCCGAAAGAAGAAUUCGAGAAAGCUUUUAUUUUAGAGACACUUUUAAAGGAGUUGAAAGCAACCGAUGCUGUACUUGUAGCUCCUUCGAUGAGUGGUUCCUAUGCAUUACCUAUAAUCGUGAGAGGUUCGUUAAAGUUAAAAGGAUUUGUCCCUAUUUCUCCAUAUUCUGUUGGAAAUUAUCUCAUUGCGGAGUACUCCAGCUUAAAAAUACCGACCAUGAUUAUAUACGGAGUUGCCGAUAAGAUUUACGGAGAGACGUCGGCAAGAACGUUGCAACAUAUUCCGGACAGUAAAAUACACGUUAUAAACGAUGGUAGCCACGCAUGCUAUUUGCAAAACCCGGACGAAUUUCACGAAGUUCUAACAAAUUUCUUGUCUGAAGUCGAGCUAGGGACGUUUGAUUUGACAAGAAAAGAUAAUACGCUAAAAUUAAAGUCUUUUUAAAUUGUUUUUUUUUCUAUGUUUGUAUAUUUUUAUAUAAAAUUUACUAGUUUAUCUUAGAUGUUUAUAUUAAAAUCUCUGCUUCAUUUUUUAA